ACCAAAACAUUAUAAUGGCUCCUAAAGACAAAAAUGCAGGCCAAAUCUUGAAGCAAGGAACCGUCAGCGGAAAUACAAAGAGCAAAGAGGUGCAUUAUAGGGGAGUUAGGAAGAGACCAUGGGGUAGAUACGCAGCUGAAAUCAGAGAUCCCGGCAAGAAGAGACGCGUUUGGCUUGGUACUUUUGAUACGGCUGAGGAAGCUGCCAGAGCCUACGACGCGGUGGCACGUGAGUUUCGUGGGCCUAAGGCUAAGACCAACUUCCCUUUACCAGAUGAAACGAACAGCUACAUAGGUAACAAGGACAAGAGCCAGCAGAGUCCUAGACAAAGCAGCACCGUCGAGCUUAAGUGUGAAGCCGAAAGUGUGAAUGGGGUUGUAGGGAGAAUUCCUUUCGCGUGCCACCGGCAGCUAGCUCUGGGUAGUGGUGGAAUGAGUGGGGUGGCUCACGCGCGGCCAGUUCUGUUUUUCGAUGCGUCGGGAAGAACCGAGGUUGUAGGUCAGGUUUACCGGCUUCCUUUUGAGCCGGUCGAAGUUCGGUUGAGUAUGGGUUUUGGAGGUGGGGUCCAAAGUGAGUCGGACUCUUCUUCAAUCAUUGAUUGUAAGCCAAGGUUGCCGAGCCCCCGUCUCGAUCUUAAUCUUCCUCCACCAGUGGAUGCUUGAUAGUUUAUAGCAGCUUUUUAAGGCAAAUAUUUCGGUUUCACUAUAAUUUUCAACAUGUGAAUAGG